GCGUUGCUUCUGGACAUUGGGAGCAGAGAACAAGUGAGCCGAUCGAGACAGUUGACCACAGCCGUCCUCGGGUCAAGGAGACAGAGACUGAGACCCAGGCGUGGAAGGAGGACCACCGGGCAAACACAAACAUGGCUGCUGCUUGUCUGUCCUGCCUCCUUCUCUACAUCCUCUCAGGGAUCGUCGACCCAGCUUCACCUGCCAGACUCGGGGAACAGCAGCAGGCACUGCUCAAUGUGUGCACCAAGGGCUUUUUCCUCAGCGAGAAAAACGAAUGCCUGCCAUGUAACUGCAAAGGCCAUGCUUACCACUGCGAGGACAUCACUGGCGUUUGCAUAAACUGCAGGGACCACAGCACCGGAGACUUCUGCCAGAUGUGUGAGGACGGCUUCAUGCCCACCCUGAGCCUGGACAGACGCCACACCUGCAGACCCUGCGCCUGCCCCCUCUCCGUCGCCUCCAAUAACUUCGCCGUGCGCUGUGACCGAGGAGCCGCCGCUCUGCGCUGCAAGUGCCAGGAAGGCUACGCCGGACCGGUCUGCGAGAGGUGUGCUCCAGGAUAUUACGGCAACCCAAUGGUGAUUGGUAGCUCCUGCAAGAGGUGUGACUGUAACGGCAACUCCGACCCAAACCUGAUCUUCAACGAGUGCCACAACGUGACGGGCCACUGCCAGCACUGCUGGGGAAACACCGCCGGCGCCAGCUGCGAGAGGUGUGCCCCCGGGUUCUAUGGAGACGCCAUCAGCGCCAAGAACUGCAGAGAGUGUGGGUGUAAUAAAUGUGGCACCUCGUCAUGUGACGACAGGACAGGAGUGUGUCACUGUAAGCCCGGAGUCAGUGGACGGCUGUGUGACCGAUGCGAGGAGGGCUACUCCGGUUUCUCCAGCUGUCAGGGCUGUCGGAGGUGUGAAUGUGGGCCAGCCUCCAUCCGCCCCACCUGCCACCCCCUCACUCACAGCUGUCCGUGCCGCCCGGGGGCAGGAGGCCGUUACUGCGAGCGCUGCCUCCCAGGAUUCUGGGACUACAGCCCAUCCGGCUGCCAGAAGUGUGACUGUGAGAGUGGUUACUGUGACACGCAGACAGGGGAAUGCCUGGCAGAGGCUGCCACAGUCAGCCUGUGCAACAGCGAUUGUGAUGAUUGCAUCUGGCAUCUGAUUGGUGACCUGCGGCUGUCCAAUAAGACACUAGAUCAGCUGAAAGUUGGAGUGUUGAACAUCUCCACUGGAGCCGCCGCUAACGACAGGCUCAAAUACUUCAACUACACGGCUCACCGCCUGCAGGCCCAGUUUCACGGCUGGAGGAACAAGUCAACAGUGAUGAAGGAAGAAGCUGCUGAGCUGGAGGAGACGGCAGACGAAGUGACACUCGACCUCAUCUGGCUUACAAAUUCGGAGGGUGUUGUGAAGAGUCUGGAGGAGGAGCUGGAUAAUAACACCCUGGAGACCUUCACCCAGGCUGAGCAGCUCAACACCAACCUCACCCUCCUCAACGCCCGGAUUGAAGAUAUGAUCCGUGACUGGGAGCUGUACAGUGAAUUCCAAGAUGUAGAUCCGGAGGUGGAAAGGAGGAACACGGAGGUGGCUCAGAGGAUGGUGGGCUGGAUGAGGAAACUGCACCUGUCACCACAAGAGCCCGUUGCCACCAACGAGUCCACGGGGGCCUAUGACUUGCUGCGACGCGUUCGUCAGAUGGAAAAGAAGUUGAUGAUGACCGACAACCGACUUUUCCCGCUCAGGGAGGGAUUGUCCCACUUCUCUGCCGGCCUGUCGGAGGCUCAAGACCACCUCCUGAAGGCAGCCAGCACUGUGAAGGAGACAGAGGACAGGAACAGAGCCAGCAUCCUCAAAUUCCAGAGGAAUGAGGCGAAGCAGCAGACGUUUACUGAGGAGGUCGUUUCUGUCCACAACACUCUGGAAGCAGGCCGAGGCUUCAUCUCCGAGGCACAGAGGACCGUGGCUGAGGUGGACGUCCUGGUGCAGAAUGUGAGCGAGUACCACGCCGCCAUCGACGGAGCUGCUCAGAAGCUGACGGAGAAGGCGGAGCGCCUCUCGCUGGCCGACAGAGACCUGGUCCAGAGAGCCGACCGGCACGCCGCCCGGCUGGACCAGCAGGCGGAGCAGCUGGAAGAGGACCUGAAAGAGAGCGAUGCCAAUGGCUUUGUGCAGAAGGCCAUUAGUGCUGCUAACGUGUACAACAACAUCGUGAAGUACAUCGACGACGCCAACAUCACCUCCCUCACCACCUUCAACCUCUCGCAGAGAGCCGAGGACGCCAUCAGUGGGAUCAACACGCAGCUGAGCCACCUGCUGACGCAGAGCGACCACGUCUUCAAAGAGUCGGUGUCUUUACACUCAGAGCAGACUGAAGUAGAAUCUGAGGUGGCCGACAAACUCAAAUACAUCGAGGAGACCGAAGAGACGAUGGACAAAAACACCAAGAAACUGUCGGAAAUCAUGCAAGACAUCAGAGAAAUUCACAAAGACCGAACAGCACAGCGUCUGAACUUCACCAUGGAGGUGGCUGAGGAGACUCUGAACCGCUCGGCUGAGGUCCUGCAGACUAUUGUUCCCAUCAGCAGCAAGGUGGAGCAGUGGGCCAGCAACAUGAAGAACAAUGAAUACUCCACCACCGCCUACCAGGAGGCUGUGGACUCUGCAGGAGAAGCAGUGGAGAACCUGAAUGUUCUGGUUCCUGAGCUGCUGGACAAGCUGAGGGUGGUGGAGGAGAAGAGGCCUGUGAACAAUGUGACCACCAACAUCAUGAGGAUCAGAGAGCUGAUCGCUCAGGCCAGGAGCGUCGCCAAGAAGGUCCAAGUUUCCAUGAAGUUUGAUGGUCGGUCCUCAGUGGAAAUUCAUCCCCACAGCAACCUGGAGGAUCUGAAGACGGUGACGUCCAUCAGCCUGUUCAUGAGGGUGGAUCCUGACAGGGACCCUAUAGAGGACCGAUUCAUCCUGUACCUGGGAGACAGGAAUGGAAGAAAGGAUUACAUGGGUCUGGCUAUCAAGAACGACAACCUGGUGUUUGUGUACAACCUCGGGGGUGAAGAUGUGGAGAUCUCACUGGGUUCCAAGCCUGUCAGCCAGUGGCCAGCAGUCUUCAACUACGUUAAAAUUGAGAGGCUGGGCAGACAUGGAAAAGUGUUCCUGACCAUCCCCAGCCAGAGCUCCACAGACGAGCAGAAGUUCAUCCAGAAAGGCCAAGCUCCCGGCACCGACUCCCUGUUCGACAUCGACCCCAAAGACAUGGUGUUCUCGGUCGGAGGCGUGCCGCCAGGCGUGAAGCUGCCGCCCCCCCUGAUCCUCGCUCCGUUUGUGGGCUGCAUCGAGUUGGCUUCACUGAACAACGACGUCAUCAGCCUGUACAACUUCAAAGAGACUCACGGAAUAGACAUAGUGGCGUCUCCGCCGUGUCCCAGGUACAAGCUGGCGUUCUCCCAGAGUCGGAUUGCAAGUUACCUGUUCGAUGGGACGGGCUACGCACUCAUAAACAACAUCGAAAGGAGAGCAAAGUUUGGUGUGGUCACAAGAUUUGACAUCGCAGUGCGAACAGUGGCCAAUGAUGGCGUCCUCUUCCUCAUGGUCAACGGGGACAACUUCUUCCUUUUAGAGUUAAAGAAUGGCUUCCUGCGCCUCAUGUAUGACUUCGGCUUCAGCAACGGCCCCAAACUUCUGGAGAACAACUUACCAAAGCUGCUGAUAAAUGAUGCUCGCUACCAUGAGGUGUCAGUGAUCUAUCAUCAGUCCAAGAAAGUCAUCCUGUUAGUGGACAAGAGUCACGUCAAAUCCAUGGAGAAUCCAAAAACCACACUGCCCUUCUCAGAUAUUUACAUCGGCGGCGCCCCUUCCAGUGUGCUCCAGUCCAGGCCGGAGCUGUCCUCAGUGGUGGGCUUGAAGGGUUGUGUCAAAGGUUUCCAGUUCCAGAAAAAGGACUUCAACCUGCUGGAGGAGCCAGGAACCAUCGGCAUCAGCAGUGGCUGCCCUGAGGAGUCUUUUAUGUCCCACAAAGCCUAUUUCAACGGGGAGAGCUACCUGGGAUCCACCGCCAAGAUUUCCCCCUUGGAGAGCUUUGAAGGAGGACUGAACUUCAGGACGCUGCUGCCCAGCGGCCUCCUCUUCUACCACAGUGAAGGGUCUGAAGAGUUCAGCAUCUCCCUGGAGAACGGAGCCGUGGUGCUGAACAACAGAGGCACAAAGGUCAAAUCGCACAAGAAGCAAUACAACGAUGGACAGACGCACUUCUUAGUGGCCUCGGUCAACGGUCAAAAGUAUUCAUUGUUGGUAGACGACAAAGACAAACAAGAGAAGAAACGCCCAGCGUCAGCCACAGGAUCCUCAUCGGACCCCGCUGCAAAGAGUUUCUACUUCGGAGGGUCUCCCAAGAGCAGCUUCAAGAACUUCACCGGUUGCAUCAGCUAUGCCUACAUCAACAGACAAGAUCGUGACAUUGAGCCUGAAGACUUCCAGAGGUACACAGAGAAAGUCCAUACCACUCUGCAGGACUGUCCAGUACAGCGCCCCCCAGCUGCACUGCUGUCAAAACGCAGGGAGACCACAUCACGGGCGAAACACAGCCUGCCACAGAAGGUAACCAGGGAUAAACCCAGCAUUCCUCCAGGGCUGGUGGAGCUGAAGAGUGAUGAUCCAGAGCUGAAUAUUGAGACCUGUUACCUAUCCCCAAGCCCCAGAGCAACCAGAGAAGCUUUCUACUAUGGAGGCAUUGCCAACAGCAGGCAGCACUACGGAGACAUCCCAGAGUCCUUUUCUGAGAGGUCCCACUUUUCUUUGUCCAUGAAGACACAUUCAUCUUCAGGCAUCAUCUUCUAUGUAGCUGAUGACCUGGAGGACAACUUCAUGGCUCUAGUCCUGGUCCAAGGAAGACUCAUUUACAUGUUCAACGUCGGAGAACAACAAGUUGAAGUCAGGACCCGGGCCCAGUAUAAUAAUGGACUGUGGCACAACAUUAUCUUCAUCCGAGAUGGGAGUGCGGGCCGCCUCGUAAUUGAUGGACUUGUGGUGUUGGAGGACCAAGUUGAGAGCAGAAACAUCUCCUGGAACGUCAGCAGUCCCUUCUACAUUGGAGGAGUUCCUCCAGGUAGAGCACAGAAGACCAUCCAGGGGAUGUCUGCUCACGGCUUCACUGGCUGUCUGAAGAACCUGCAGCUGGACGGACAGUGGCUCUCCUCUGUGGCAGAGACAUUCGGGGUCACUCCCUGCUUUCAGGGACGCUCCGAGCCGGGGACGUUCUUCUCAGAGGAGGGGGGAUUUGUCCUCCUCGAUCAGUCCUUCCACCUGGGCCUGAAGUUUGACCUGGUGCUGGGCGUGCGCCCCCGUGUGGCCGUGGGGCUGCUGCUGCACGUGCGCUCCACACAGGGGUUCCUCUCUAUGUACAUUCAUCACGGGACGGUGGUGGUUCUGGUGAAUGACGGCACCGACCAGUUCUUUACUCAGGUGUCGCCUCCACAAGGUGUGUGUGAUGGUACCUGGCACAGGAUCAGAGUGAGGCGGGAUGUGAAUGUGGUCCAUCUGGACGUGGAUUCCCAGAGCAGCCACGUCGUGGGUCCUGUGCACCUCGGGCCAGCAGGCGGCGGGGAGCAGGUGUUCAUCGGAGGAGCUCCGGAGGCCCUCCUGCCCGAUGGCGCCCCCAUCCGGAAGCCGUAUGUGGGCUGUGUGAGGAACCUGAGCAUCAACUUCAACCGAGUGAGCUUCGACAAAGCGGCUCUCGUCAGCGGUGCUGUCAAAGUGGCAGACUGUCCGGCAGCGUAACGCUGACAAUACCAUGUGCUGUUAAACGUAGCCACUAUGUGUAUCACCGCCGCUUUAGUCUUCGUCUCACACUUCUGCUCGUUACACUUUGUCCUCCAUGUUUUUUCCCCAGAUGAAGAAAAGUCCCAAUUUCAGUCACUGAAACAGAACCGUGCUGUGGAAGUCGGUCUGUUUCAGUCCAUUAUAACACACACACACACACACACACACACAGAUGGUGAAUGCAUUUACACAUUUUUCAUAAUUUCCCUUUGUUAUGGCACAUUUCGUUUCUGUAAAAGUAACAACUGAAAUCAUUCUUUUUACACAGUUUUAUCUGUCAAUUAAAAAA